AUGGCAGUGAGUACAAUCAAGGAUGUCGAGCAAAUUAUGGUCCAGCCUCAAGAUUUUGUCAUUCUUUCGCAAAUAAUAAAUGAUCAGAGAUCUAAGCAGUUCGAACUUAGUAAAGGACCUCGCUGUCAUGAAUGCUUCCAAAGACAUCAAAAACGAGUUGAGAUCCAUUCAGGUUUUUGCCUCAAUUAUGAUGACAUCAGCACAUCUGAAGCCCAGGAUUUCGGGUUCUCAACCCAGCUUUUCGACAUUCAGAGUUUGAACUGGCAGAGCAUCAAUUCAAUCUCUAUCGAAGCUAAGUACAUCACAAAUGAGUUUCGCUCCGGCAAAGGCAGUGAUAAUGCCCAGUUUCCAAGGAGGUUCUCAUUUGGGAAUUUGACUGAGCACCUACAGCUCCCUAGACCUCAUGACAAUCGUGCAAACUCAACGCCAAUCGGAAUUCUUGAUCAAGUGACAUCAGUGGUAGUCGACAAAGAAAUGCUCGGUCCCUGUUGUAAUGCCUUCUACGGUACAGGAAUCUAUGAGAAACAUGCUGCUACCAAAUGGGCAGUCUUCAAAUAA